GCACAUCGUUUUCGGCAAUGACGUCACGCAGUCUGGUCGUCUGGUUAGGAGAGUAUAGACUGCGGCCUUUGCGCCGAAUUUACUACUUUACGCUGCGAUUUCUUCAGGCCGAUAGCGGUUUCACACCCAACUUUUUCUCAGUGACCCAGCGAACUGCUGCCAAGAAUGCCCGAAGUUAGAUCCGCCGCAGUUGCUAGCAAAGAGCACGCUCUAGCCGUGUCAAGAGACUACAUUUCACAGCCUCGUCUGGUUUACAAGACGGUGUGUGGUGUCAAUGGCCCUCUGGUGAUCUUGGACGAAGUCAAGUUCCCAAAGUAUGCAGAGAUUGUGCACCUUGUGCUGGCUGAUGGCGCUACAAGGACAGGACAAGUCCUGGAAGUCAGCGGAUCCAAAGCUGUGGUGCAGGUGUUUGAGGGUACAUCUGGCAUCGAUGCCAAGAACACAGUGUGCGAGUUCACAGGUGACAUCCUGCGAAUUCCUGUCUCGGAAGACAUGUUGGGUCGCGUCUUUAAUGGCUCCGGAAAGCCAAUUGAUAAAGGUCCUCCAGUGCUGGCAGAAGACUUCUUGGACAUCCAGGGACAGCCGAUCAACCCGUGGGCCCGUAUCUACCCUGAGGAGAUGAUCCAGACCGGUAUCUCUGCAAUAGAUGUUAUGAACAGUAUUGCUCGUGGCCAGAAGAUCCCUAUUUUCUCUGCUGCUGGUCUGCCGCACAACGAAAUUGCUGCUCAGAUCUGUCGCCAAGGUGGCCUUGUCAAGCUGCCUGGAAAAAGUGUCCUCGACACAUCUGACGACAACUUUGCCAUCGUGUUUGCUGCUAUGGGUGUGAACAUGGAAACUGCACGGUUUUUCAAGCAAGACUUUGAAGAAAAUGGUUCCAUGGAGAAUGUGUGCCUGUUCUUGAACUUGGCCAACGAUCCCACGAUUGAGAGGAUCAUCACACCCCGGCUGGCACUGACCACUGCAGAGUUCCUGGCCUACCAGUGUGAGAAACACGUGCUUGUGAUCCUCACGGACAUGUCCUCCUACGCCGAAGCCCUGCGAGAAGUGUCUGCCGCUCGCGAAGAGGUGCCCGGCCGCCGGGGCUUCCCCGGCUACAUGUACACGGACUUGGCAACCAUCUACGAGCGGGCGGGCCGCGUGGAAGGCCGCAACGGCUCCAUCACUCAGAUCCCCAUCCUGACGAUGCCCAACGAUGACAUCACUCACCCGAUUCCCGACUUGACCGGUUACAUCACGGAGGGCCAGGUGUAUGUUGACAGACAGCUCCACAACAGACAGGUUUAUCCCCCUAUCAACGUGCUGCCCUCUCUGUCUCGUCUGAUGAAGUCCGCCAUUGGCGAAGGCAUGACGAGGAAGGACCAUGCCGACGUCUCGAACCAGCUGUAUGCCUGCUAUGCCAUCGGGAAGGACGUGCAGGCAAUGAAGGCUGUUGUUGGUGAAGAAGCCCUGAGCCCCGAGGAUCUGCUGUUCCUCGAAUUCCUGGGGAAGUUUGAGAAGAACUUCAUCUCUCAAGGGAGCUACGAGAACCGGACCAUAUUCGAGUCUCUGGACAUUGGCUGGCAGUUGCUGCGCAUCUUCCCCAAGGAGAUGCUCAAGCGAAUCCCCCAAGCUCUGCUCCAGGAGUUUUACCCCCGCGACGGCAGGCAAGGCGCAGAUGCCAAGCAGUAGCCCCUCGACGCACCAAAAGUUGUUGUGCUUCUGGCACCCUUCGGCAUUCCCAGUUUUCAAGUGCAUGUCCUCUUGUCCAAAGCGAUAAUCCUGGUCAGUGGUGCCGUCGUGCAUACCCGUGUAUGCAAGUAACCUUGUCUCUACGAGCUGUUGUAAGAUGGGGCUUGUCCACGUUCCAAGUCUAGUUUCGAGUGGUAGCAGCGGUAUCUAGCGGAGCUGUCCAUGUGAACUAGCAGUUGUUUUAGGCCGCUGCUCCCUUGGGAGGAGUGGCGGCAUCUUCCUGUCAAAUGUUUUUUGCCGAAAGAGUUUCAGGCCUUUUUGUAACCCAGAUUCAAGGUUGUCCAAAAGUAGUGUUUUAUUUAAGUUGAUACAGAAUAAAUGGUUGCAAUGAAUGCGGCUCCCUUGGUUUUUGUUUCCCAACUGAAUUUGGCCAGAUAUUAAGGAUGGGUAUAGGUACAGUUCCAUGCCAUUGGGGUGAAACAAACUGACCUUUGGAUGUUUCUUGUAUUAAUAUUUCGAAUCUAAAUUGAAAUAAAAAUCCUUUCGUGAA